UCUCUUCCGGGAGACGCGUUGGCAGUUUCCUAAACACGGAGCAGCUCAGUCAGUGCGAGCGGAGGCCGGGGACAGGGCGGAAGUGUGUGUGUGUGUGUGUGUUGGAUGUAAAGACGCUGAAUCUGAGGACAGACACACUCCGCGUUGACAUGAGCAGGUUGCCCUGACAUGGACACAGAGAUGAUUCCCAAAUUUUCGUCAAAAGAUGAGGAAGUGGAUUACUGGAAGUCACAAGCCCUGAAAUAUAAGAAAAGCUGCCAUGAUGCACAGGAAGAGCUGCAGGAGUUCCAGGAGGGGAGCCGAGAACUGGAGGCUGAGUUGGAGGCGCAGCUCAGCCAGGCCGAACACCGCCUUCGAGACCUGCAGACUGAGAAUGAGAGACUGAAGAACGAGGUGGCCAACCUCAAGGAGAAGCUGGAGCAGCAUUACGCCCAGAGCUACAAACAGAUAUCUAUGCUGGAGGAUGAUCUGGGCCAGACGCGCAGCAUCAAGGAGCAGCUCCACAAAUACGUCCGUGAGCUCGAGCAGGCGAACGACGACCUGGAGAGAGCCAAAAGGGCCACAAUAGUGUCUCUUGAGGACUUCGAGGGCCGUUUAAACCAGGCUAUCGAGAGAAACGCCUUCCUGGAGAGCGAGCUGGAUGAGAAGGAGUCGCUUCUAGAGUCUGUGCAGCGGCUGAAAGAUGAAGCACGAGACCUGAGACAGGAGCUGGCAGUGCGGGAGCGGACGACAGAUAGGAUGUCGGCACCCAGCUCACCCACCUUAGACAUCGACAAGAUGGAUUCUGCAGUGCAGGCCUCUUUGUCCCUCCCAGCCACACCUGUAGGAAAGAGCAUAGAGCACCCAUUCAUCAGCCCGAAAGCUUUGACUAAUGGCUGUGGCAGCUCCUCCCUCACUCCUUCCGCAAGACUUUCAGCUCUUAACAUCGUUGGUGAUCUCCUGAGAAAAGUCGGGGCCUUGGAGUCCAAGCUCGCGGCCUGUAGGAACUUUGCCAAAGAUCAGGCCGCAAGGAAAAAUUACACCUCGGACAACAGCACACUCAUCAACAGCAACGCCACCAAAUUCUCUCACUCUCUACAUACCUCUUACUACGAUAAAACGACUGUUAAUGGAUUGGACCCAAGCUCCUUGACCUCCAUGGCGCCAUCCAGGGCCGUGUCUCCACCAGGCCUGCUGCCUCUGAGUGUGUGAGCUGUCCCCGCGCCACACACACCUCCACUGAAACUCUUAUCCACCCAUCACAGUGUGGGAACAGAGAGGACACUUGAAAGACCAUUACAUUGUGUGUGCACGUGCGUGUGUAUGUGAGAGUGACAGCGAUGUGUGCGUUUUUUGCCUGUUUUGGGAUUGUGCAUUUUUGAACCUGAUGUGUGGAAGAGAGGCUUGACUAUACAAUGAACCUGCCUCCGGUUUGCAGCUGUAAAUGCAUCUGUGAGUAGGUGCACAGUGUUUUGUGCUCACGUUCCUACCACUUGCAUGUGCCUAAAGCUGCACUGUACUGUGCUUGUAUGAAUGUCAUUGCAAUGUGUCGCUCUCUAGAUGUCCACUCUGAAGUGGUUAUGUCUCUGGUUCCACUGUUCAUUUGAAAAAUUCUCCCCCGACAAAGGGUCUUCAACAGACUUCAGCUUCCUCGAAAUCUUCUUUCUUUUUCUUUCCUGUAUUUUUCACUUAAAUUGCACAGUUGAACUCGUUUUAAUUUAGAAUGUAUUAUAUUUAAAAAGGGAUGUGUUAAUAUAAUUUAUCUCACAGUAUGCUUUAAAAUGCAACAUUUUCCAUUUGCAAUUUUCCUGCAUGUGUGCAUAUUUAAAGUGGGGUUUGGAGAGGCGUGGUCGGGGCCCUGUAUUAACGACUGAAGUGAAUGUUGAUCGUUCAAAGCCAUGCAGCUGCAGCGCCGUCUUUCCUCCUGUUACCGGCUACUUGCUGUAAUUGAUUUGGAAGUAGUCUCCACGCUGGUUCUGUCCUCUGGGUUAAAGCCGCACUUAAACAAACUGCUCCUUUUUGCCGCAGUUCGAGUGUUUCCUCCGUGGACAUGCGUUGGCAAUUUGAGGAAACAGUUUUGCCUUUUUUUUUUUUUUCUUCUUUUUUUUAUGUUUGAUGUAUAGAUUUUUGAAGUGUUGUGACAGGCUCAUUAACCACGUUCUGAUGUAAUGGCACGGUGCACUCGCAACAUGAGUGGGUGAAUUUAACUUUAUAAAACUCAAACACGAAUUCUUUAAAACAAAUCGAGAAUCCUCUUCGAGACUGUCCGGUAACUUUGGCUGGUUUAUGUUGGUAACGUUUAGCCGCUGGGGUUAAAUAUUAGACGUUCAUUUUCCAACCCAUUACUUUGUUGACGCAUUUUUCUUUCUCUCAGACCUUUGUGUCACCAUUUUGACAUCUUGUUUCAUAUUUGAAGGCUUCAGCUUUGAGGUGUCACUAUGAGCCUGUUACUAAAGUGUGUUCUACCAUCAGUGUACAGAGCUUGCAGGGAUGGUAAUUUUGCCGAGCUCCACAUUGUACAUACGGACAUUUGGCAUUAAGGUCCUAUUUAUUUCAGAUUCUGUAUGGCAUGUGUUCAUAUAACGAGUUUUACUAUUGAACAGUGGUUAAGGUCACUGUGUUAUGAUAUCAUAUUGUUUGUCAAAAUUGUUUAAGUAAAUAAAGACUGAGAUGAUAAAUAAA